AUGCCAGCGGCACCGUCGCGCCGCCGCUCCCGGUCUGCCUUCGAAGCCGACGGGGAGGCCGCAUCGUCGUCCGGUGCCGAAUCUCAGAAGCGCUUGAAACGCAGCGCCUCACACGACGAAGAGGACGAGGAAGCAGACGAGGACGACGAGUAUGAUGACGACCCAUUUGCACCCACCCAGCGCACCAACGGCCUCCCGAAUGGCUCCCACGGCUCCGGCGAGACCACCCACUCACCCGGCGCCGUCGUCAGGGUCAAGCUCGUCAACUUCGUCACCUACGAGAACGCCGUCUUCUACCCCGGCCCCCACCUGAACAUGAUCAUCGGCCCCAACGGCACCGGCAAGAGCUCUCUGGUCUGCGCCCUCGCCCUGGGUCUGGGCUACAACACCAGUGUCCUCGGCCGUGCUACCAAGUUCGGUGAAUAUGUCACCCACGGAAGGGAUACCGCCACGGUCGAGAUCGAGCUGCAGAGGCGUCCCAGGGAGAAGAAGAACCACGUCAUCCGUCUGGACAUCAUACGGGAGAACGACAAGCGCAAGUUCUGGCUUAAUGGGAAGCCUUGCCUCGUCAAGGUGGUCCAGGGCCUCGUCGCCAACCUGCGCAUCGCUUGCGAUAAUCUGUGCCAGUUUCUCCCCCAGGAGAAGGUUGCCGAGUUUGCCGGCCUCACCCCUGUACAGCUCCUCCACGAGACCUUGCGCGCCGCCGCCCCCGAGGAGGUCAUCAACUGGCAGACGGCCCUCAAGACGCUCUUCAUUGACUUCAAGGACCUCAAGGCCAGGGUCGAGACGCAGACCGCGAACCUGACCAACCUCCAGUCCCGCCAGCAGGGCCUCCAGGCCGACGUCGACAGGCUUAACGAGCGUGAGGCUAUCAAGAACGCCGUCGAGGACAUGAGGAAGGCUCGCUUGUGCGCCGAGUACAACGAGGCCCGGAUCAGAACCAAGGCCGAGACCAAGAAGAGGAAGGACGCCGAGAAGCGCCUCAAGGCCCUUGAGCAGGCCUGUGGGCCCGGCCUAGAGGCAGUGAACGACAAGGAGGCGUACAAGGCCAAGGUCGGAGCCGUCCUCGACCACAGGAAGAAAGCACUGAAGACCGCCGAAUCAAAUGCCGAUCAGGCCUUUCGUACCGUCGAGUCACUUGGCGAGCAAAUCAAGGAGUGCCAGAACAACAUAGAACAGGAGAAGCAACUCUUCACCACCAAGAAGGCGGCCGUUGGCAAGCUUCGCCAAACCAUCACCAGAUUCGAGGCCGAGUACAAGAACGAGCCUCCGCACUUCAACGCCGCUGACUGGAAUCAAAAGAUUCGAGAACAAGAACAUGUCCUCCGUGAUCUAGUGCCCGAGAAGCGCCAGAUCCAGGACAGCAUUGGAGAUAUCAAAUUGCAAGGCCGCCAAAACAAGACAGAGAUCGACGCAAUUCAGCAGAAUAUUAACAGCCUGAACUCCCAACAAGGCCAAAAGAUCAGCUUCCUGAAGCGAUUCAAUCCCGAGGUCUACCAAGGCUGGGAAUGGCUGCAGGAAAACCAGGAUAAGUUCGAGAAGGAGGUUUUCGGGCCGCCCAUGCUGACUUGUUCGCUGAAGGACGAGCGUUACUCUGACCUGAUUCAGUCCAUGCUCCAAGCCAACGACUUUCUGUGCUUCACCUGCCAGACCAGAAAGGACCAUAAGACCCUGAGUGAGAAGUUCUACAAGGAUAUGGGGCUAUCUAUUACGAUCAGGACUUGUGGUACCGAUUUCCGAACUUUUCAGCCCCCGAUGCCGGUAGUUGAUGCCUGCCGUCUUGGCCUAGAUGGGUACGCCAUUGACUUCAUGGACGGCCCGGAACCAGUGCUGGCCAUGCUCUGCUCCGAAAGAUUUCUGCAUGCUUCUGGCGUUGCUCUGGAGGACAUCUCGUCUGAGCAGUUCGAUGCGCUCCAAAACAGCCAAAGGAUCAACACAUGGGCGACGGGCCAAACCUUCUUCCGCGUCAUCCGCCGGAGAGAGUACGGCCCCGAUGCUACAACCACCAGCACGCGCAAGGUAAAUCAGGGGAGGUUCUGGACCGACCAGCCAAUAGACAACCAAGAAAUGACGGAUCUGCAAGGCAAACUGAACGAGGCGACCGAGCGCAGGAGGCAGCUCUUGGAGAGCCUCAAGGAUGCCCAGGCCAAAGUGCCGGAGAUAGAGGAGAAGGAGUCGACUGUGCAAAAAAGACUCGACGAAUUAAAGAACGAGAAAAGCGAGCUGCAAGCCGCUCACUCUCGGUGGGUGGGAAUCCCAGACAAGAUUGAGGCACAAAAACGGAUUCUUGAUACUACGCGCGAGUCCAUGCAAGCCUGCAAGGCUAGGGUGGCUGAACUCGAUACGAGAAGUGAUGAACUCUUAGUGGAGAAGGGCCAGGCUGUCUUGAAACACAAGGAAGCGGUAUCACAAAUACGUGAUACUUAUCACAGUCUUCUUGACGUCCAGAUUCGACUGAUUGAAGCUUCAUCCGACGUAAGGGGGCUGAAGGAACGCAAUAGCGAGAUAACACGGAGUCUCGAGGAGAAGAAGGAGGAGAUCAAGGCUUUCGCGCAUAAUGCGGCCAUUGCAAAGCGCGAGGCAGAGGAUGCCAAGCAAAGGGUAACCGACAUGCUCGCCCAGAGCGAGGAAGGGAACGAUGACUUCCCGCGGUACCAAGCCAUGAUUGAGGAGAAGACGCUUUCCGAAAUUGACCACGAGAUCCAAGCCGAGGAAGCCAAACUCGAGCUGAUUCAUGCCGUCGACCCUGGCGUGCUUCGGCAGUUCGAGAAACGUGCCAAGGAUAUCGAGGAGCUCGUCAAGGACAAGGAAAAAUCAUCCACCAAGCUUGGACGACUUGAAGCGCAGAUUAAGGAACUGAUGGAGAAGUUCGAGCCAAAGAUCGAUGAACUCAUUGCCAAGGUUAACCAAGGGUUCGGCCACAACUUUGACAUGAUCAGCUGUGCCGGAGAGGUCAACAUCCACAAGGACGACGAUUUUGAGCAAUGGGCCAUCGAGAUCAAAGUUAAAUUCCGAGAGCACGAAGAGCUCCAGCUCCUCAACCAGCACCGCCAGUCGGGCGGCGAGCGCGCCGUGUCGACCGUCUUCUACAUCAUGGCGCUGCAGUCGAUGGCGCAGGCGCCGUUCCGCGUCGUCGACGAGAUCAACCAGGGCAUGGACCCGCGCAACGAGCGCAUGGUGCACGAACGCAUGGUCGAGAUCGCCUGCCGCGAGCACACCAGCCAGUACUUCCUCAUCACCCCCAAGCUGCUCACCGGCCUGCGCUACGACGAGCGCAUGCGCGUCCUCUGCAUCGCCAGCGGCGAGAACGUCCCCGAGACCGCCGUCGACCUCGACUUUGGCAAGCUGAUCACGAAGCAGCUCGCCCUCAAGGCUGCUGCUUAA